ACGCUAACGAGUUUGAAAGUAGAGCUCGUUGCCGCUUACAAUGGACGACGAUAUGAACAACUAUCUGGAUCAAUACAAGCGACGAAAGAGUGCCGUGGACAGACGAGCUCGAGAAUCGGCAGAACUGUUUCCAAUCAAGGAAGACUUGGCUGCUUGGCUCGCCAAGCUGACCGGCCUCGACGUGACAGCUCACAACUUCAUGGACGUCUUAGACAAUGGAGUCAUUCUCUGCAAACUCGUGAAACGAGUGCAAGAGACUUGCCAACAACGAAUAGACGAAGGUGUACUAGAACCGGAAGUCCUACUAGGAAGCUACAGCUGCAGACUGCCACUGACCGUUGUGAAAUGUCACUCCACUGCCGACAAGAGAUCGUUCUACGCUCGUGACAACGUUUCAAAAUUCAUCGCUUUUGCCAGAGCUCUAGGUGUACAAGAGGCAAUACUCUUUGAAUCAAAUGGACUUGUUAAUCAGGAACAACCCAAGGAAGUCGUAUUGACUUUGCUUGAUUUUGCUCGGCGAGCGGCUCGAUAUGGGAUAGAGCCACCGGAUUUGGUUACUCUUGAAAACGAGAUUGACAAAGAGGAAGCUGCUACAGCCGAGGAACACCUCAUUGUACAGCAAGAAGAACCAGUCAUUCCUGAUGGGCCACCUGAAGACGAAGUUGAUCGUCUUGUACGAGACAUUAUCAAAAGAGUCGGGUAUCAAUACCCUAUCAGACGACUUGCCGAAGGUCGAUAUUGUGUAGAACCAGGAAGAACAAAAAUAUUUGUGAGAGUGCUGAGGGCUCAUAUCAUGGUGAGAGUGGGAGGUGGAUGGACUACACUGGAGUACUUUCUUGUCAAGCACACACCGUCUCAAGUUAAAUUGACUAAUUAUGGAUCUGCUAACCACGUCCAGAAAACCUUGGGUAUAGAUUUAGAUGAGCCGGACAAAAGUGGACCACAAAGCCAAGAGAUCAGUUCAGAAUCCAUUACAAGACAACAGCCCAACAGACUCUCCAAACGAAAAGCAUCAACAGCCACAAGCACCACCAAGUCCUCCAAUCCACCCACACCAGCACCACAAAAAGUGUCACAACAGAAGUCGUCUGGAAAACUAUUCGGUACAAAGCACAUGACACCCAGAGUUGCAGACAUACAUGUAUCUCAAAGAAAGAAAUCGGUCACUGCUCAAGGAGAUACAAAAAUGCCAAAGUCAAGACAGCCACUUUGUCUUGACAGUGAAAUCGAAAACUCUCCCUACCUGCGAACGUCACACAGAAAAGCAUCCGGUUCUACACAUUAUCCAGCAGUCCCGAAGACACAAGUCAAACGGACCUCCAGAAUUUCGUCAGAAUAAUUGACUCUUUUAUGGCAAGAAAUUUAUAUGAGAUCAGUUGCAGUGGGCAUUUACAUAGAUGUUGAUAGACAUGAAAUGUAAAGCAAUUACUUUACAAUGAAACGGCUCUUAAGUCUGUUUGCUAUAUUGUUUACAUAUCAUUCUCUUCA